GAUGAAUGUGUUGAGUUCACCCAUGACCCAAUGGCCAUAACUGACAGAACCACAAUGGCUGGCCCUAAUGACUGGUUACAGUUCUACCGGCGAAACCUCACCGGAGAAGAACAACCGCCGUCGUCUCCACCAUCAUCAUCAUCAUCAGCAAUGUUCAGUGGAGUCUCCGACUCCCCUGUUGUCACUUCAGUAACAACUCCGGGAACCGGGAAUUCCAUGGCUAGUACUAGCAGCGUUCAAUUGAACCCGGAAGGUCGGCGAGUCGCGAAACCGAACCGGAGACGUUCCCGGGCUUCUCGUAGAGCUCCUACUACGCUUCUCAACACAGACACCACCAACUUCCGUGCCAUGGUUCAGCAAUUCACUGGAGUUCCUAGUACACCCUUCACUACUGGUCCAACCAAUUUCAAUUUUGCACCAGCUACAAUAACUGCACCUGGGUACCAUCUUCAACAACAACAACACCAGCAGCAACAACCCCAACAGCAAUUCCAACAACAACAACACCAGCAGCAGCAGCAGCAGCAACAGCAAUUCCAACAGCAACAGUUGCAGUAUAUGCUCUCAAUGAAUAACACUACAAGUGAUGUUUUUCGUCAGAGAUUCAGCGAUGGCAAUCAAUGAUGAAGAUCUCUAGU